AGCCACACACCACGUUGGGUCCUGGACUCUCUUGGUGCUUUUGUUUGACUGGCGCGUGGCCCGCGCAGCCCGCGCCGGGUACCACAAGCACCAGCUUUGUUGCACUUGCGCCGCGCCGCCAGCUUCCCCACGCACCUUCGCCGCCGUCUCCGUGCUUCGAUUCCAUUGCCUUGUACUAGUACGCUGCCGUGACCCCGCCUCCCCGAGCUCCCUUGCAGUGCUACUCGCCUCCCACCGCGGCCUUCUCUGCAGCUCGCUUCCCCCCACCACGCGGUCCGCGUUCCAGCCGCUAGGGUUUCGGGAGCUCCAGGCGAGGGCCGCAUGACGACGCGGGGAGCCAAGCGCGCCGCCACCUCCGACCCGGGCGCCCCCGAUCUACCAAGUAAGAGAGUAAUGGACGGACCCUCUUUUGAUGUUCACAGGGCGGAGUCUUCCCAUCAGCAUGUGAUGGCAGGACCCGCUACUUUAGAUCCUCGACGGGCUGAGGCUGCCAGCAAACAUGUCAGGGCACUCAAUAACCAGUUUGCGAGCUGGGUUCAAUUGCAGCUGCAAAAUCAUCCAGCUGAACUUUGGGAGGAUGGUGUCAAAGAUUACAUAUCCCAUGCUUCUGAAAUCAUGGAAAAAUUCAAGGAUGUUGUCAACUGGCUUAGACAAAAUCAAGCAGGUUCAACAGUUGUUUCAUCCCCAAGUCCACACAAGGAUGAGAAGGCUAAUCUGCCAGCAGUUGUUUCAUCCCCAAGUCCACUCAAGGAUGAGAAGACUAGUCCGCCAACAGCAGAUGAUAGCAAGCUCUUGGUGCAGCCAAGUUCAGAUAACUCGCAGAAGGCUCCAGUGAUGGCAUCUAGUUCUUCAGCUUUUCAGAGCUCAAGCUCACCAACACCAAACCUUUUUUCAUCUCCUCCUAAGUCGCAAACGCCAGAUUUCAGUGGUAUGUUUGGUGGUAAGAAAAACACAUCCGGUGACAGCAAUAAACCAGCUUUCCAGUUUGGUGGAAAUAAUGUCAUAUUUGGUGACAAAAAGAACGCAUCUGGUGAUAGCAGUAAACCACCUUUCCAGUUUGGUGGAAAUAAUGCCAUAUUUGAUGACAAGAAGAGCACAUCCGGUGAUAGCAGUAAACCACCUUUCCAGUUUGGUGUAAAUAAUGGUUUUUCAACCUCAAAUGCACCAUCUUUAUUUUCUACUAAAGCUGCCCAAAGUUUUAGCUCACAGGCUCCACCUCUGUUUUCACUGAAUCAACAAUCAGUUCUAUCAGGAAUCGCUGGCAGGAGAAGCAAUGUGUUUGGCGUUCUUGAUUUUUCAAGAAGCCUGCUGCUGGAGGGGAGCCACGCGCGGAGGAGAUGCAGACGGAGGGGAGGCGUGCCGCGGUCGGAGAUGGGGCCGCACGCGAGAGCAGCGGCCGGAGAUGGCGGAGCCGCGGGAGACCGAGCGGCGGCCGGAGAUGGGGCCACACGCGGCCGGAGAAGGGGGAGUGCGGGAGGCUGAGCGGCGGCCGGAGAUGGCGGAGCCGCGGGAGACCGAGCGGCGGCCGGAGAUGGCAGAGUCGCGGGGGAGUUGGAGCGGCGGCCGGAGAUGGGGGAGCCGCGGGGGAGUCCGAGCGGCGGCCGGAGAUGGCGGAGCCGCGGGGGAGACCGAGAGGUGUGCCCAGGCAGAGGGGAGGCGGGUUGCGGAGGGGAGCGAAAUCGGUGGGAUUUUUCCCAAAGCGACGGGAGGCCCGAUUUUGCACCGCAGUGCAUUCCUUUGCUACGGGAAAAAUCGCUGCGCGAGGAAUCGGUCGAGAAUCGCGCCGUUUGGGGGGCUUGCUCGAUUAUUUUCACGAGAAUCGGUUGGAGAAGCUGAAACAAACACCCCCUAAAUGCCAAAGUUACUACAAUUUUAAGUUUGUCAAGUGUAACAAAUAUCACUUGCAAUUUAGAGACGCAAUUGUAAUUUGAUUGAUGUACACGAAUUUGAUGUUCUCCUAUAAUGCAAUUUAUGUCCAUAUAUCAUAAUUCAUACUCCCUUAUCCUUCUAUUUGCAUUUGAAAAUCAGAUGGUAAAAGUAACUUUGGCAGCACCUAAUCAACCUGAUUUUCUGUAUCAUAAAUCCAUAUCCUUGUUUUUUGUCUGGAACAUAAAUUUCUUGUUG